UGACCAUUUUCGCUUCGUUUCUCAUGGACAAAAUCGGGCGACGGAAGAGUCUGUUUCUGUCUUUCGUGUCGAUGAUUCCUUUCCUGGUCGUCAUGGCGCUGUACGUCGGGAUAACGGGAGACGGGGAGGAGAAUGGAGGAAGAGGAAGGCCGGCGUUCCACCCCCUGGCGUGGGCGAGGCAGGGGUUGACAGGGGCAGACGAGUACCAGGUAGGGGAUGAUUGGGCGCGGGCAGGAGACGCCGAACCCAGCCCCUAUGGGUGGGUGCCCCUGGUGGCUAUGAUGCUGUUCCUGGUCGGGUCGUGUUUUGGCGUGAAUCCCGUGCCUUAUAUUCUGGCCAAUGAGUAUUUCCCUACGGGGAUUCGGUCCCAGGCUAGCAGUGUUUGCAUAUCUAUCAGUACAAUAAUGAACUUUGUGGCGUUGCAAGUGUACACUCCAAUGCAAGACGGUCUCACACAGGCAGGAUUGUAUGCCUUCUACGCCGCUGUUUGUGCGAUCGGAAUCCCUUAUACUUAUUUCUUCAUAAGGGAAACGAAAGGAAUGCAGAUAGGGUAGAGGAUCGAGGACCUUUCGUUGGCUAUAGACAGUGGAUGGUUUGAUGGUGUUUUUUUUUUUUUAGAGUUAUGGUGAUCGAAAUUAUUAUUUA